CCAUGCCGUCCUACACCGUCACCGUGGCCACCGGCAGCCAGUGGUUCGCUGGCACCGACGACUACAUCUACCUCAGCCUCGUGGGUUCUGCGGGCUGCAGCGAAAAGCACCUCCUGGACAAACCCUUCUACAACGACUUUGAGCGCGGCGCGGUUGAUUCCUAUGAUGUGACAGUGGAUGAAGAACUGGGCGAAAUCCAGCUGGUCAAGAUCGAGAAGCGCAAAUACUGGCUCCACGAUAACUGGUACCUGAAGUACAUCACGCUGAAGACGCCCUGCGGAGAUUACGUCGAGUUCCCGUGCUACCGCUGGAUCACCGGCGAGGGCGAGAUCGUCCUGAGAGACGGGCGCGCAAAGUUGGCCUGCGAUGACCAAAUUCACAUUCUCAAGCAGCACAGACGUAAAGAGCUAGAAACACGGCAGAAACAGUAUCGGUGGAUGGAGUGGAACCCUGGCUUCCCUUUGAGUAUUGAUGCCAAAUGUCACAAGGAUUUACCCCGAGACAUCCAGUUUGAUAGUGAGAAGGGUGUGGACUUCGUUCUGAACUACACCAGAGCGAUGGAGAACCUGUUCAUCAACCGCUUCAUGCACAUGUUCCAGUCUUCCUGGAGCGACUUCGCUGAUUUCGAGAAAAUCUUUGUCAAGAUCAGCAACACUAUUUCUGAGCGGGUCAUGAACCACUGGCAGGAAGACCUCAUGUUUGGCUACCAGUUCCUGAAUGGCUGCAACCCAGUGUUGAUCCGGCGCUGCACGAAACUGCCCAAGAAGCUCCCUGUGACCACAGAGAUGGUGGAGUGCAGCCUGGAGCGGCAGCUCACCUUGCAGCAGGAGGUCGAGCAAGGGAACAUCUUCAUCGUGGACUUUGAGCUGCUGGAUGGCAUUGAUGCCAACAAAACAGACCCCUGCACCCUGCAGUUCCUGGCGGCGCCCAUCUGCUUGCUGUACAAGAAUCUGGCCAACAAGAUUGUCCCCAUUGCCAUCCAGCUCAACCAAACCCCAGGAGAUGAAAACCCGAUUUUUCUCCCUUCGGAUGCAAAAUAUGACUGGCUUCUAGCCAAAAUCUGGGUGCGCUCCAGUGACUUCCACGUCCACCAGACCAUCACCCACCUUCUGCGCACACACCUGGUAUCUGAAGUUUUUGGCAUUGCCCUGUACCGCCAGCUGCCCACCGUUCACCCCGUUUUCAAGCUUCUGGUGGCACACGUGCGGUUCACCAUCGCCAUCAACACCAAGGCCCGCGAGCAGCUCAUCUGCGAGUACGGCCUCUUUGACAAGGCCAACGCCACAGGGGGCGGUGGGCACGUGCAGAUGGUGCAGAGGGCCAUGCAGGACCUGACCUACACCUCCCUGUGCUUCCCUGAAGCCAUCAAAGCUCGGGGAAUGGACAGCGCAGAGGACAUUCCCAACUACUUCUACCGGGAUGACGGGCUUCUGGUGUGGGAGGCCAUCAAGACGUUCACGGCCGAGGUGGUAGGCAUCUACUAUGAGAGUGACCGGGUGGUGGCAGAGGACCAGGAGCUGCAGGACUUCGUGAAGGAUGUGUACAUGUACGGCAUGCGGGGCAAGAAGACCUCAGGUUUUCCCAAGUCCAUCAAGACCAGAGAGAAGCUGUCGGAGUACCUAACGGUAGUGAUCUUCACAGCCUCAGCCCAGCAUGCAGCAGUCAACUUCGGCCAGUAUGACUGGUGCUCCUGGAUCCCCAAUGCCCCCCCAACCAUGCGGGCCCCACCACCAACGGCCAAAGGUGUGGUCACCAUCGAGCAGAUUGUGGAUACUCUGCCAGACCGUGGCCGCUCCUGCUGGCAUCUGGGAGCAGUAUGGGCACUAAGCCAGUUCCAAGAAAAUGAGCUGUUCCUGGGCAUGUACCCAGAAGAGCAUUUCAUCGAGAAGCCUGUAAAAGAGGCCAUGGCCCGAUUCCGCAAGAACCUUGACACCAUUGUUAGCGUGAUCGCCGAGCGCAACAAGAAGAAGAAGCUGCCAUAUUACUACUUGUCCCCAGACCGGAUUCCCAAUAGUGUAGCCAUCUAAAUGGCCACCUGAGCCAGGCUCACGUGCAAAUGGCCAGCUGCUCGCAGCCGAGCUCAGCAUCCAGACUCCAGGCUGCCCAGGCAGGCAGGCCCACACGUGGCCCCCAGGGCAGACCUCCUGGCCGCUUGCUCUCCAGAGACUGCCCCGGCUCCUCAGGGCCCAGGCUGACUGGCUUCAAACCAAAGGCUUCCAGGUUGGGCCACGUUAUGCCUCAGCUUCAGUGCAUUUUCCAGUUUGUUCCUCAAUCUUUAGUAAAUCCCAUACUUUGACCACCGUGGGCACACGGCAGGGACCCGUCCUAUACAGAGCAGGACAAUGUUGCUUCCUGCCCUAGGCCUCGCUCAGCGCUUCUCCACUGGGAGCGGUGAGAAGGUCAGGACCAAUCUGCUCUUGCUGGGGGGCGUGGAAUGAUUCUCUUCGAUUUAUGCUUCGUCCAAUUUCCUGCAUAUAGUAGGUGCCCAAAUAAAUCCUUAUUGAAUGAAUGAACUGGUUAUCCUAAAAGUAAAGGAGCGCAUUUAAAACAAGCAUCCGGGCACCUGGGUGGCUCAUUGGUUAAGCGACUGCC